GAUUUUUCACUGCUGCGGCGAAAAAGGAGAAGGAAAUCCUAGAUCAGUUGGAACAAGCGUCAAGUGUAGUAAGCUCAAGCCCGUUCAAUGCUCCCACCACGCCGUCGCCUGCGCCGACGCCGGUCCCAAGUGUACCUGAAGUGGUGGGACAGAUUCCGCGAACGCCCACAACGCCGACGCCAGCUGACCGUCGCACGCGGAACUCUCGUGACACCUACACUGUGGCUUUGCUCACAGCUGCGUCGCUUGACGUAGACACGGCUAAUACGCAUAUGGUGGCUCGGCGCGGCAACAGCAGUGGACGGCUUACUAUAGCGCAGCAGGCGAUUUUGAUGCAGGAGGCAUGGGCACGCAAAAUGGAGAACGUUGGUUCGGGGACAGCACUACAUUCUAUCGCAGAUCAGCUGGUAAUUGCACGCUGGGCCGCUGCAAACCUUUACAGGCGCAAGGUUCUAGUGAUCAACCCCCGCACGCGGGUACCAGGAGUGGUUCCCGCAGAACUUCUGCUUUCAUCGAAAGAGGCCAAGAAGAACGCCGCCGUAUCUUCCCCAGCGAGAGGAGGGGUCUCGUCGUCCUCGGCAGCGCCUGAAGAUGACCCAAUGAAAGCAAACAUAGCUUCUAGUACAUCAAAGAAGAAUCUUCCACUCAAAAAAAGCAGGAAGAGAACUGCUUCAGCAGCUUUUUCUGAUUCAGUGGCGGAGGAUUCAUCUAGCGUGACUGUGCCAGAGUCUACCCGUUCGAAGAUGAAGGCACCACAGGGCGUGAUCACUAUCGACGUCACGGAGAAAGCGAGCGCUAACGCUUUUCCGGAUGACGAGAACCUGAAAAACAGGCAUUCGAGGCACAGUUUUCUAUCACAACAAUCACUGUCUAGGAGUAUGACUAAAACCACGUCCGGUGCAUCAAAACCUCCUGCGAACACUGUGGAGCGCGUGCUUUCGGUAGUCACUGACAUUUUAUUUUUUCCGGAGCAGAGGUUAGCACAUCUUGGCACCGCCAAGGAACGGCGGGAGGCUGACAUCACCGCGAAUCGAAUGCGCAUGAUGGACCUCCUCUGGUCAGCCAGAGAGAGCUUAGACAUCGCCAUGCAUCAAAUUGAGGAUGACGAAAUUGCCCAGUUGCUUAUCCACCUUGUCAGGCAUCGACCAUGGGUGAAAAUCCGCAUCAUCAUCGAUAAGGCGAUGCACAAAAUGGGUGCUGGAAACAAAGGCAAGAGCAGAAGCCAGGUACAUUUGAAACCUUUUGAUAUGUUCGUGAUCAUUUUCCUGGGCUGAGUUGAAGGUGCAGUAGCUGCAGAGACAUAUCUAUUACACAUACACGGCUGUAUGUAAUGCGACAAGAAAAUCCAAAUCGAACAAAAGUGUUCUGGCUGUGAAGACAAUUCGACAUGCGAUCACCUAAGUAGCCUUGUUCACUCAGCUUCGCGAUUAAACCAACCUUUUCCAGGUCGACGCUCUGAAAGACGCUCUGCAAGUUUUGCAGAAGAAGUUUGUGAAUAUGCGCGAUCGUGGGCAGGCUGCGAUGUUAAAAUCGCGUGUGGCGGAUGAGUCACUUGCUGCGGUCGGUUUUCCAUUAGACGCCCUAGAGACCGCGCCAGCGUAUCGCCAGCUGCAGCAUCGCAACCAGGAAGAGAUCGAUGCUGAUCUGGCACGCUUUCGGCAGACUCUGGCGGGGAAUAAGAAACUCAACAUAGAGAUUCGCCGCAGCAACGUGCGCAACGAAGACGCCACUGGAAAAAUGCAUCACAAUUAUGGACAUGAAGUCGGAAGAUUGAACGUCUCCAUUCCUCGACGCUCGACGCUGUAGUUGUAUUAAAUCAGAGCAGUUUAUAGCACGCAUGGAGUGCAUGGAGCGCAGACCCAUAAGGGACGCAAGAAGCGACCCUUUUAGCUCCAUGGAACUCCAUGCGGUCCAUGCACUCCAUGCCAUGCGAGCUGCCAAACCUUACGAAUGCCACUAUUCUGGUGUUUAUUUGUCAUGUUCUGACUUUCCCAACAACAUCGUAGAUAUGUAUCAUUGGACUCCCGUCGAUCUACAACCUUCUUCUAAAAAUCGUUCGUCGUAAUCGAUGGAAAGGUCUUGCUAACCGGUAGUUACAACUGGACUCUCGGUGCUGCUGAUAGAAAUCAUGAAUCGGCGAUCGUGCUGAAGUCAAAUAAGGCAGUGGCUGCCUACGAAGAGGAGUUCAACCUCCUAUGGAAGGAGUACGAAGGACUGAAGAGGACGGAGGGGCGCCUUUCAACGUCACUGGUUCUGCAUUCGUGAGCAAUAUUAAGGAUUUUUAAGUACUUAUUCUCUUGAGCGCGGAGAUGAAAAUGGAAAAACUAGAAGUAGGUAACGCGCCAACGAGGAGUGUGCGAGUUCCUUGUGCAGUCGCGGAUACCGCCAGCCACCAAGGCGAAGUACGUAUGCCGACGUCGCAUCUGGGCAUCAAGAUUAAGCGCACAUAUGGUAGUUUCCCUUCGAGGCUAUAGAUAGUAUAAUAAAUACGAAAAUAAGAAGUAAAAUUGAUACAAAGAGUCAAAAUUAUAGCCAUUAAACAUGACGAAUUUAAUUAUGUUCUGUUUAAAUAACACCACUCCUUGCUUGUAUGGAGUAACACUAUGCCAAAAGCGAACACAGAAAAGUUGUCUGUUAGCCAAAAAACGCAAAAAAAAACGCUUUUUUGUACCCUAUUCGUCUCAGAAUGAAAGUCUUCCAUUUUGAGACGAAUAUUGCCCAGCUGAUCCCUGGGCUUUAUGUGCGUUUUUUGGUUAAAGCGCCACUUUUCUAUGUUCGCUUUUGGCAUAGUGUUACUCCGUACUUGCUUGUUAGCUUUUUUAUAUGACUUCUGUCAGUGCGACUGCUACAGAGCGAGAGCUGGCACAUUGCAAUAGAAUUCGCUUUCCAGGGAGUCGAAAUAAAACAAUCAGGUUACAUUAAUGAUGAAAUACAGAAUAGUGAUAUAAGAAACUGAAUUAUUUGAUAGUUGUAGAAGUUGUUGUGUUUCAUACUCAUUGAAGAGAUGUAGAAACAUAGAGAUGGAGAUAGAAGUAGAACUGGAAGUAGAGCACAAGCAUGAUACUCAAAUAGAAUGAGGGGCGGCUUCUACAGACGCCUAAACAAAGUACUGAGUGGGUAUGCCAAAGCAUGUUUAUGUUUUUGAUAAGUUUUGAUUUUGAAGGUGAACAAACGAAGACCGACUGAUGGAUAAAAAGAGGGGUUAUGUACCUCAUUAAUCCAUCGUUAAAAAUUUUCGGGAAGUGACAUGUUGAAGAUUUUCGGCGGUCUGUCCCGAAAAAUGGUUGCAGGCUGGGGAUUUCCGGCUCAUCGAAUAUUAACGAAGUAGAUUGUCCUUGCCAAUGCGUGGCUGACACUGCGUAGAACUAGACGCUGUCGGUCCCCUACACUGGGUGAACAAAGAUGCGCUUGGCGGACACUACACAAACGAGGAGGGAACGCCGCACUCUGCUCAGAGUUUCCGAAACUCACAAGUUCUCGUUUUGUGUAGUGGCUCCUGCUUCUUUUUAUUACUGGACAAGUCUCGCUUUGCUCUCACUUAAAGCCAUCAAGUUUCUUAAGGUCUUGCAAAAUUGUAAUUAGCUUAGUCUCAUAGAAUCUAUGUAUAAAAAUAAUAUCAUCUGCGAAAAUAUGAAGCACUCCUUUCUUGUCGUUGAGACUCACAUUGAAACCUUGUGAAGGAGUCAACGUCGCGAAUCGAGUGUCUUCUGUUUCUUUGAUUAAUCACGUAUUGCAUGAUUCGAUCGUGAAGACUAUCAUGUCCAUCGAGGCUCUUCAUCAAACAGAAUGAUGAAGGCCACAAGUGUCUAUAUGGCAUAACGGUAGCACGACGAACACACCCAUAGAGCAUACUAAGAAGCUGACAUCAACCGUUUAACAAGUGGAGUUGAUUCUGCUAUGAGGUAGUAGUUAAUGUUGCAUGAAUUGAUUAGAACUAAGUUUGCCAGAUUGUAGUCGUACUUUUCUUUCUUUUUACAACUUGGUUAGCGUUCUUUUUUCUCGAUGGUCAGAUAGCGAUAGCAAUCUCUGCCGACGCACGUCAAGUAGGUGUUUCUAAAGAUGUUGAGACAUGGUCACCGUAGAAGCAGAUAAUUGUUAUAGUUCUUUCUUUUAGAAGAUGGAUUUGUUCGUUGGAUGGAUCAGGCAGCAACAAAAACUUAGAGAAAUACAAAUGGCAUAUGAACAAGCUAAGGUCUAUUGUAAGAUUCUCUUGUGUAAAUUAACGCAUUUAAUAGCUGUGGUUAACAGAAUGACGAUAGAUGUCAUGAGACAGGUUCUAAAAGAAGUUUAUUUCACGUUCAGUUGGUCUUGAUCUUCAUCUGCAUAUGCCAUAUGGUAGCUGGUAGUAGUGGAUAAAGAUGAGACGCGCGAUCAUUUUCCAGUGCGAGGAGUACUAUUUUUCUUUGAAAAUUUCGGAGUUGGAUGAAGAUGAUCAUGAUGUGUAUAAAUUAGUGUACCGGUGAACAAUGAAGUCGCUUGGUUCGGGCCCUCGUGCAGAUAAAAUCAUGUGUGAUCACUGUCCGCGGAAGCCGAGAACACUUGCGAGCUCGUUGUUCAUAGACUGUGUGCUCUUCGGUACAUGCGUGUGACUGUGGGGCCAAAGAAAUAACGACUACAAUAAUUUUUUUGCAGCGUGAACUCCGACUGAAACAAACUGAAUAUCGGGCAAUCGCUCGAGGCCCCUGAAG